GAUCAUCAUAAUUUUUCCAUGUACUGAUUAUAGGUACAAUAAUGCCAAAAUUUUUUUGGAAAAUAUAUCAUUUGGGUACCAUUCUGAGAUAUAGGAGUAAGUAUAUUAAGAUAAGUCAAAAGCAAAUGCACCUGAAAAGCAAUAACAAGAAUUUAGGCACAGGAUGUACAUGUAGGUUUGGGCUGGUCAGAAAUUUAGUUAGGAGGAUGCCUAUAUGUGAAGUGAAGGUUUGGAUUCUAUUUCAGAUCCUAACAACAUGCUUGGAAGUUAGAACACAUGUGGGCAACAAAUGUGAUGGGAAUCAGCAAUUAAAUAAUUCAGAAAGGAAAUAAGAACUAAAUGGAAGCAUGUCAUGGGAAUUGAAGUAGAGAAACAAUUUCAAAUACAGUUUUCUCUAUGAUGAUACAAAGAAGGAACAAAAAUCUAGCAACUAUUCUAGCAAAAGAUUGAGUCACCACCAACAGAAAAAAUAAAAUAAAACAAAAGGAAUGGUUGACAUAGCUGUGAAAUUUAGCCCAUCCUCAUAAAAUUACAGUUAUGUACAAGCAUGUAGUGAAAUGGAAAUGAGAGUAUCUAUCGAAGAACAGUGUCUUAGUGGGGAUUAGGAAAGACAGGGUUUAACAUAGCUGCCUUUAGCUGUGGUGCACUGGUUAUGACAAUCAUUGUUUUCAUGUAGAUUUAAUCUUUGAAACAGAGGAAAAGGCAUGCAUAACACAUACCAUGUUUUAUUCUAUAGAUUAGGAAGUGAUGGAGACCAAUAACAGCUCAGUAGUAACAGAAUUCAUCCUCCUUGGCCUGACCCAAUCUCAAGAUACUCAACUCCUGGUCUUUGCACUACUUUCAGUUUUCUACGUAAUAAUUCUUCCUGGAAAUUUUCUUAUCAUUUUCACCAUUAGAUCAGACCCUGGACUCACAGCCCCACUUUACUUCUUCCUGGGAAACUUGGCCUUCCUGGAUGCCUCCUACUCUUUCAUUGUAGCUCCCAGGAUGCUUGUGGAUUUCUUCUGUGAGAAAAAAAUCAUUUCUUACAAAGCCUGCAUCACUCAGCUAUUUUUUUUGCACUUUCUUGGAGCGGGAGAAAUGUUCCUUCUUGUUGUGAUGGCCUUUGAUCGUUAUAUCGCUAUAUGUCGUCCUUUAUACUACUCCACUCUCAUGAACCCUAGAGUCUGUUAUGUGUUACUGUUGGCUCUGUGGCUUGGGGGUUUUGCUCAUUCCAUUGUACAAGUGGCUCUUAUCGUGAACUUGCCCUUUUGUGGCCCAAACCAGUUGGAUAACUUUUUCUGCGAUGUUCCACAGGUCAUUAAGCUAGCCUGCACUGAUACCUUUGCAGUAGAGCUCCUGAUGGUCUCUAACAGUGGUCUACUUAGCCUCUUAUGCUUCCUGGGUCUCCUAUCAUCCUAUGCUGUCAUCCUCUACCAUGUCAAAGGACACUCUUCUGAAGGGAAGAGCAAAGCUAUCUCUACAUGCACCACCCACAUUAUAAUCGUGUUUCUCAUGUUUGGGCCUGCCAUUUUUAUCUACACCCGCCCCUUUCGGGCUCUCCAAGCUGACAAAGUUGUUUCUCUCUUCCACACAGUCAUUUUUCCUUUGAUGAAUCCUGUGAUCUAUACACUUCGCAACCAGGAAGUGAAAACUUCUAUGAGGAAGUUAUUAAAUCAGUAUGUGGUCUGCUGACUGGAUAAAAGAAAGAGAAAACAAAAAAAAGUGAGAAAAUGUUCUUUAAAUGAAUUAAACAAUGUAUUUAUGCACAGAUUGAAUCAGUUCUUUAGCAAAUAUUGCGUUAUGUGCUUCUAGUUUUCUGAUAGUAUUCUAAGCAUGUGGAUAAGGCAGGUACAAUUCUAGGUCUCUCAGGGUUAUAUUCAAGAGAAUGAAGUCAAGCCAAACUACUGAACUUGAAAAAUCUCACCAGAAUCAGUGCUCUGGUGUUUUCAGAAUAGUAUUAUGCUAGUUAUAGCCCAGAGAGAUGGCCUUAGCUUUGGCUGUAAAGCAGGUUCUUGAAUGAUAUUGAACUGAAAUUAAAAGUAUUUAGGGGAAACAAAGCACAAUCAUAAAACAAAAUAAGCAUCAUGGAAAGCAUAGGAACUCAAAGAUUUGAAGGUUUAGGCACAUCUGAAAAACAUAAAUGGAUUAGAAUAGCUACCACAUAGUUAAGGAAUAUAGAGUAGCAAAA